UUCCCGCCGUCUCCAGGCCCCGCACGCGGAAGCCGAGGCCCCCACCGCCCCUCAGCACGGUUCGGCACUCCGCCGCAGCCCCAGUCGCCCCGGCCGCUCCAGAGCCUCACGGCCGCGAAAUCCGGGCCUAUCCCACGGUCGGGCCUCCUCCGCCCUCCUCGUCGUGACGAAUCGGCGCCCGGCUGGGAAAAUAUCCAAAUUCGGGGAGUUUCGAGGAAACUGUGAGGCCUGAAAAAAAUCCUUGACUGUACUAAGCGUCAUUGCGUCCUCGCUAGAAGGCUUAUUUUUCUCAAAAGAGUCAAGUAGGGCCCAGAAAAAUAAUUAAGAGGAGUGUGGAAAGUGCGAGUGCGGAAGCUCCGGACGCGAGGGGCGGGGCGUGCGCCGGACAAAGGGAAGCGAAGCCGGAGCUGCGGGCGCUUUUUCUGCCCGCGGUGUCUCAGAUUCAUUCUUAAGGAACUGAGAACUUAAUCUUCCAAAAUGUCAAAAAGACCAUCUUAUGCCCCACCUCCCACCCCAGCUCCUGCAACACAAAUGCCCAGCACACCAGGGUUUGUGGGAUACAAUCCAUACAGUCAUCUCGCCUACAACAACUACAGGCUGGGAGGGAACCCGGGCACCAACAGCCGGGUCACGGCAUCCUCUGGUAUUACGAUUCCAAAACCCCCAAAGCCACCAGAUAAGCCGCUGAUGCCCUACAUGAGGUACAGCAGAAAGGUCUGGGACCAAGUAAAGGCUUCUAACCCUGACCUAAAGUUGUGGGAGAUUGGCAAGAUUAUUGGUGGCAUGUGGCGAGAUCUCACUGAUGAAGAGAAACAAGAAUAUUUAAACGAAUACGAAGCAGAAAAGAUAGAAUACAAUGAAUCUAUGAAGGCCUAUCAUAAUUCCCCCGCUUACCUUGCUUACAUAAAUGCAAAAAGUCGUGCAGAAGCUGCUUUAGAGGAAGAAAGUCGACAGAGACAGUCUCGCAUGGAGAAAGGAGAACCGUACAUGAGCAUUCAGCCUGCUGAAGAUCCAGAUGAUUAUGAUGAUGGCUUUUCAAUGAAGCAUACAGCCACUGCCCGUUUCCAGAGAAACCACCGCCUCAUCAGUGAAAUCCUUAGUGAGAGUGUGGUGCCAGACGUUCGGUCAGUUGUCACAACAGCCAGAAUGCAGGUCCUCAAACGACAGGUCCAAUCUUUAAUGGUUCAUCAGCGCAAACUAGAGGCUGAACUUCUUCAAAUAGAGGAACGACAUCAGGAAAAGAAGAGGAAAUUCCUGGAAAGCACAGAUUCAUUUAACAAUGAACUUAAAAGGUUGUGCGGUCUGAAAGUGGAAGUGGAUAUGGAGAAGAUUGCAGCUGAGAUUGCACAGGCAGAGGAGCAAGCCCGCAAAAGGCAGGAGGAAAGGGAAAAGGAGGCAGCAGAGCAAGCGGAGCGCAGUCAGAGCAGCAUUGUUCCUGAGGAAGAGCAAGUGGCAAAUAAAGCUGAGGAAAAGAAAGAUGACGAGAACAUUCCAAUGGAGACAGAGGAGACACACCUUGAAGAAACAACAGAAAGCCAACAGAAUGGUGAAGAAGGCACCUCAACUCCUGAGGACAAGGAGAGUGGGCAGGAGGGGGUUGACAGUAUGGCAGAGGAAGGAACCAGUGACAGCAACACCGGCUCAGAGAGCAACAGUGCCACAGUGGAGGAGCCACCAACAGAUCCCAUACCAGAAGACGAGAAAAAGGAAUAGAUGUUGCCUUGUUUUAUGUGUUCUAAAUACUUUUUUAAAUGAAAAAUGUUUUUUGGUUUUAAUGGUGUUAUGUGGUUUGUGUAUUAAUUUUUUUCUUGUCCAUAUUACACCACCAAAGGCUUUUGGACCACUUAGCAUCAUGAGCCUAACGGCAUAGUCACCUUUCUUAAUCGUUAUGAAGAUGGCUUUUUUCUUUGGAACUUGUUUCUAACCCUCAACUGCUGAAAGCCUCAGAAUUUAGAUUAAUUGAGAAAACCCACCUCUUUUAGAGAAUUAUCCUUUGAUGCUGCAGAAUCUACUCUUACAAAUGCCUUCCUACAGCUCACCUGGGUGCUUACCAAAGCCAUAGCUUUAAACCUUCCCAGUCCCCAUCAACAGCUUCCUGAAAGUCUCCUCUCUUGUUUACUUCCGCAAAGGGUGGCUUCUUGAAAACGUAAUCAUGUAUGAGUAUGUAUUUGUUUACUUUCCCUUUUUUACUUUUAAUCAAUGUCAGAUAUCAAGAGUCAUGUUAAGGAGUUGAGUGUAGCCUGCAACUACUACACUUGGGUCGUAUUGAUCCAGAAAUAGUCUCCAUAGAGUAGUUACUAACUUAUGAGUAGUCAUUAAGGUGAACACAGCACAUAUACAUUAUCUGCUGCUUUUUGUUAUAAUUAAUAUUGGGUAUGUUCUGGUGAAUUCAUCCUUAUUGUACAGGAAAAAAAAUUACUUUUUUACCAGGCUUUCCAAAGACAGAAUAGAUUACAAAGCUCAAGGAAUUGAAUAUUCUUGUAAUGGACUAGAUAACUUCAAAAUAUCAGCCCAUUCCAGAAGAAAAACAGCUGGGAAUUAAGUUCAUCCACUUGAAAUUGUUUUACAAUAAUCAAAACAUUCAAAACCUCAAGGCUCAGGAUCCCAUAGAUCAGAGCCUACCUUUUUGAUAAACUCUAAGUAAAGUCUUAGAGAUUAGAAGCAAGAUAGUUUGUGACAUGUGUGCUUCCCAAAAACUAGAAUAGAUUUUUACCGAAUAGUGGUAUAUCUGAUGGUAUAUGUUUCUUAAAGGUCCAAAUGUAAUAAAAAAA